UGUACAACCUGAUCUUCAAUUCUGCGGCCGGUAACCAGACAUAUUAAGAUAAAAUUAGAUUUUCGGUAAUAUCUUAUAUGCUCGUAGAUCAAGUUUAAACGUGUCAAGUUUAAACGUUUGUUUAACCGUAUCUUCAAUACCUAACCUAUUUAGAUAUAUUAUGAUUUUCGAAACAUACUUAAUGAGUGGGGUUUUGUAUGCGUAACUAGGUGGUUUGUUUACAUUUAAUCGAUCUGUUCAUGUUGGAGAAGAUUUAACAAGUUAAAGUAAGGACAUUAGAGAACAAAAGCAGGUAAAGACAUAGACACAGAUGGAGGCUUGUAAUGAGACACAGUCGAGUCAGAGCUUACCAGCUGCUUGGCAACACGCCAAAGCGUUGGGUGAUUGUAUGAUAAAGCUCUAUGAGAACAAACUUUGGACAGAUGUCAAGUUCAGAUGCAAAGAUCAUGACGACAAUGAAAGGAUUCAUGCGCAUAAAAUAGUUCUUGCUGCAAGAAGUCCCGUGUUUCAGGCGAUGUUGUUUGGUCCAUGUGCAGAGGAAAACGAAGAAAUUCUACUUGAUAGUAUUGAAGCAGAAACAUUUGAUUUAUUCUUGAGAUAUGCUUAUAUGGACAAAGUGACAUUAACGGAAGAUUUGGCUGCAAAAGUACUAGAGACAGCUCACUAUUACCAGGUAACAAACCUGGUGCAGUUUUGUGCCGAUGUUCUGGCUUCAUGUGUCAAACUCGAAAACGUAUGUGAUAUUUUGUCACUAGCCCGGCGUUUCGAAGUGAUUUCCCUGUGUAAAGCAUGCUGUAUUUUUAUUGACCAGAAUGCUGAUCAAGUGAUUAAAUCUGAAGGCUUUCUAAAACUGACAAAAGAAAACCUUGAUUAUAUCUUGAUGGGAGACACAUUGUAUGGAAACGAAGAAAGUAUAUUCAAAAAGACCGAAGAAUGGGCACAAAAGAAAUUAGAAGAAGGCGAGUUUGAGAAAAAUGGACAAAAUACGAGAAAACUUUUAGGAUUAUCAUUUUUCUACCUAAGGCUACCAACUAUGUCAUCGGAAAACUUCUUGCAAUGUACUCGUAGGAAAGGUUAUCUUUCAAUCGAAGAAUAUGAAGAUAUAGCUGAUUUCAUCAACAAAGUACCUGGCACAACUGUUACGAGCAAUUCAUGCGUGUCUAGAGUUCCAAUUAAAGAACAAUGGAACUUAACAUGUGGAGAAGUAACAGAUUUCAGUAACAGGAAACGUUUUGAAGCCUAUGUAAGCAGAGAUAUCAAGCUUAAAGCAUUUGAGCUGUCCGAAAUACACGGAUAUCUGCAAUAUUACUCCCCUUUAUACAGCAAACAAAAUGCUGAAUGGGUUGAGGUUCCAGAAAACAAUACUUUAGCAUUUCUCCGUAGCUAUAAUCACGCAGUCGUUCAAAUAGAUACCAGCCCUUAUAGAAAUUUCUGUAGAAUUUCGGAAACCAAAGCAGUUUCAACUGAAGACCUUCCAGAUAAUGUUUCCGUCUUGAUAUCAGGAACUGUGAAAGUAACGUGUCAAGAGACCUUGAAAGGAGUAAGAAAAGAUUCUGAAAUAUUUGAGAAAAAAAUUGAGUUUUAUUCUGCGGAUAAGGCACAACGCGUUAUCACGCUUAAAGAGCCAAUUGUUCUUGAAAAAUCAAGGUCACCUUAUACUUUUACGGUAAACUUAGAAAACAAAAGAAACAACAAGGUCCACCUGAUGAUGAUGAGUAGUUCAGAAAACGUUCUGAAAAGCAAACAUGGUACAUUAACAGUAAAGAGCAUUUUCGGAAAUUUUUCCGGAAUUCAAAGUUUUUGUUUUGAACAUAUAUCAAAUCGUGAUUAGUCCUGCACUCAUGUAAAAUUGUAAUAUUAUUGUAGAAACAAGUUACCGAAACGUUCAUACUUUAUAAAGAAUGUACAGAGGAAAAAUAUAAAGAUAACCUCAGACAUGUGUUGAAAUUCAUACUAAACUUAUAGUAAAAUGAUCACUAGUGAAAAUUCAAACCAAUAUAUAUCAAAACACACACAUUGUGCGUGUGCGUGCGUAUGUGUGUGCGCGCGUGCGUGUGUUUGUGUGUGUGCGCGCGCGUGUGUUUGUAAAAAGAGGUAAAACCGUUAGGCAAGAAAACAAGCAUUUUGUUAUAGAAAAAAAUAAUGUUUUGUUUUAUAUAAAUGUAAUGCAUCUUUGUUUAAUUUGUUUGUUUGUUUGUUUGUUUCAUUAUACGCCUUUUCCCAACAUUAUUUCAGUCAUAUAGGCGGGUAGUUUCCUAACCAUCGUUCCUGGAGAGUAAGAUCAGUACUAGAAUACCUUCCUCCGCGCUUAACUACCAAAGCAUCUCCCGGGGAUCGAACCCACGCCAGAUAGGUAACUGGAUUGAAAGUCAUCGACUCUAACCCCUCGACCACGGAGGCGGUUAUCUUUGUUAAUGAGUAAUAGCUUAUGUACUGGAUGUGAUACUUUUAACAAUUUUGUUUAAUUUCAAACGUUCCAAAUUCAUAUCUUCCGGAACAAGAAUGUAUAAUAUUUCUUCACUAAAUGUUUUAUUUAUUAUUCAUUUGAAUAUUUUAAUGAGAUAGAUAGACAGAUAUAUGUGUGUUAUUUAUCGUAUGUGAUAAUGGAGUAAAUUUAAUAGAUAAAAAGGAAACUUGUACAGCGAUUCAUUUAAUUUCUGAUUUAUUUUCAAGUAAUUGAUUAUUGUUUUAACAAUACACUUAUCUUACUGUAUGAUUACAAAUAAAUCUUAUCAAUCGG